AUGGCCCAGCACCUGGUGCCAAUCCAACGUCCAGGCCGCCUGCCGUACAACGUCCGGCUUCACUGUCCGUUGGUUCUGGAAGUCAUGCGCCUCCUGCGCCCAGACCAUGGACUGCAUCGGGCGAGCAAAGAGAUGCUCGUCGACAAUCAGGUGGUUUCUAUGCCCUGCAAUCGGUUGGAUCUACCACCCACCGUACGAGGGCAUGCUCCUCGUCUCUCGACAGACUCGCAGGGCUCUUCGAGCAGUGCUAGGCAGCCGGCACAUCAGCAUUCUGGCGCAGCAGGUUCACAGCAUCAAGUGUCUGCUCCUGUUGGCGCUUGGAGCCCAGCAGCUGGUGCCAACCCAUCAUUCAGACCACCCACCGUACGAGGGCAUGCUCCUCGUCUCUCGACAGACUCGCAGGGCUCGUCGAGCAGUGCCAGGCAGCCAGCACAUCAGCAUUCUAGCACAUCAGGCGCACAAGGGCUGUCUAUUGGUCCCCAGGGCUCUACACCUAAACCACCUCAAACAUCAACUCGAUCGACAGCCACAGCCCCUCCUGGGCAGCAGUUGCGUCCCCCAUCAGCUGUCUCGAAGCCUCCAGUGCAGCAGCCACAGCACCAGUCCCAACCUCAACAACAGCCCACCCGGCCCACUGCUGCGCCUGAUCAGGGCCCGUCGGCUCGACAGGCACAUCAAGCCCAAGAUUCCCGUCCUGGUCAUGCUCAGACACAUGCCCUGGUUGUGACCAGCGCAUGGCAGUAUGAUGACACUGCCGAGUAUGUUACGGAAGCUGAGAUGCGAUACAGCAUCCCCGAAGAGUGUAAAGUAAUGGGAGUGGUUCAGUUUGAAAAGGGCAACGAAGGCUACCAUCAGGCCACAGACUCAACUGGUAAAUGGUGCAAGGCGGUCUUCAAGCGUGGUAAAUUCAAGCUAUAUGUCCUUAUUCCUACUGAACGCGUUAUGACUGGUGCUCUCAGCAAGACAAUAGAACAAAGACUCGACGAGUCAAAGGAGGUCAAACUUCAACCAUUUACUACUGUGACUGGUGGUACUCCUCUGGUAAGGUUUAUCAGAUCGUUCUGGUCUGGUAUGCGAGCCCAAUGGUCUACCCUCAACCAGCUCGCUGUUCCCGAGGCAAAACUUAACACCAUGUUCUCGGACAAAAACUUUGAAAGCAACAUCAAUGCAAUCACCUCGUCAUUUACAACGGCUGUAAGGCGUUCCAUUGAGCACGGUAAAAUUACCGCAGCAUCACUGGUACAACUACCAAAGGUGACUGGUGAAUGGCCUCCUCGAGGAACGAAGUGUAUUUACCUACGAGUAUACACACACCUGGACCCAGAGCAUAGCGAUAUCGAGGACUACGCCGCGUACUCCGGGCAGAGCUUUCAAAUACAGGGGCGAGAUGUUGAGCAUCGAACUGCAACAGAGCAAUCACCACCAGGACAUCCGCAUUACAGCCGUGCAAAGGCAUCACCAAAGCAGCAUAGACACAUGAUCCCUAUAAUGCUCUUUGACCCAUCAGUAUCUAAUACACUGAUAGAUAUGGCUGAAGAAACCGCUAUUGUUGUGUUUAACUGCGUUCACGGCCUUGGCUAUACCGAUACUGUCCCUUUAACUCAGAAACUCAACAUACUCAAGCGCAUGAUCGCCACACAAGCUCGGCAGGCGUGUUCGUGGCCCAAGCUCGGAGGUCGAGGCUGCAAUGUCCUUUCGCCAAUCUCGGGUCUAGGGGCAAGACCAGUCUAUGGCGUAUCAACACCCGCCGCGUUCCCAGGGGACCGUGGGAGGACAACAUACCGAAGGGCUGCGGUUGCCCGGCCAAAUAGGACGCACUCGGGUCACUUUGUGACUAUGGAGCUCCGGCGAGACGGAGUUGGAACAGUAUAUUCAUUCUCUCCCACAUCGGAGAGAUUCAAUCGAACAUAUUCCCGAGUCAAAGUCCCCGGCUAUAUUGUCUGGGAGAUUAUGCAUGAUGGAAGGCCGCACGAGACACCGUGGAUUAGAUGUCCACGUGUCGGGACUUUUAAAAACUUCGACCAACCAUCUCGACUCGGCGUUAGAUUUGAAUGGUUUGAAGAAUCAACCAAGAAGUGGCAAUCAGUGACAAUUCAGCAAAAGAUGUACCGCGGUACAUUCGCGAAUGGGGUAGAUAUUGAGGAUGAAUAUGCUGCCCUCAAGCCUUGGCACAAUGCAAACGAUGUCAUCCGCGCUCUAGAAGGUAUCACAUACAGCAACCCCUCGGGUGAUUUCCCUGCUACGGUUUCAUUUGGGAAGGCCGACGUGCUCAUGCUUGAAUCAAACCAUUUACAUCAAACUGCAGGCUGGGUCCAACGAAAAGGCCGAAUCGAACCGAUUCCGGAGAGGGCCAGUUUUCAAUACAAUGCCGAGAUGCUUGAUGAAUAUCUGGAUGGACCUGGAUCAGACACAAUCGUGUGUCUAACUAGCGCUCCGCAGUCAGAUGAGUUUUGGGCCAGAAAGCCAGAGAACUGGGAAGGACCAAGAAGUGGCGGAAACAUCCCUCAGAAGUGCGACUUUACUAUGUAUAUGACAUCACGCACGAUGAGGGGCAGACUCACAUAUCAGCCCAUCCCCCCGAAUGCUCAGAAUAGGUACUGCUCUUGUCAGCAUUGCAUGUUUCUCAAUCGACCCUGCACAUUUACAUCUCCGUUCUUUCGCAGGGUGCACUGGGGGGUGGGACCUCCGUACCUAGAUACGUCGCAUGGGCCAGCUCUCGCUCUCUAUCCAACUGGUCCCCACCGUCAUCUUUCAUUCUAUCAAACCGAGGGAACUGAGUUCCAGGAGGUAGAUGCUCCAUUUGGGAGUAAAGAGUUUCUUCAGACGGCCCUGGAACUGGCGGAUGAUUUGGAGAUACAGGGUGAGGAACCUGACCCGGAGGAUGAAUAA